UCCCUCAGCGCCCGCCGGGCCCGUCGCUCAUGGCUUCCCCUUUGAGUCCCGUGCCGCCGCAGCCCGCCCCGCGCCGCCUGCCGCCCGCAGCUCCACUGGGCCAUGACACGAGCGACGUCCUUCAGCAGAUCAUGGCCAUCACCGACCAGAGCCUGGACGAGGCUCAGGCCAGAAAGCACGCCCUGAACUGCCACCGGAUGAAGUCUGCUCUCUUCAGCGUGCUCUGCGAGAUCAAGGGGAAGACCGCCGUGAGCAUCCAGUAUCAGGAAGAGGACCCUCCUGACGCUCAGCUGCUGAGGCUGGACAACAUGCUGAUGGCUGAGGGUGUGUCCAGGCCAGAGAAGAGAGGCCGAGGAGGAGGAGGAGGAGGAGCUGCGGCAGGCGGCACAGCAACAGCAGGUGGCUGUCCAAAUGACAAUAGCAUUGAGCACUCAGACUACAGGGCCAAGCUGUCACAGAUCCGACAGAUUUACCACUCUGAGCUAGACAAGUACGAACAGGCCUGUCGCGAGUUCACCACGCACGUCACCAACCUUCUCCGGGAGCAGAGUAGGGUGAGGCCUGUGUCCCCUGGGGAGAUGGAGCGCAUGGUGGCCAUCAUCCACAGCAAGUUCAGCGCCAUCAAGAGGCAGCUGAAGCAGAGCACCUGUGAGGCUGUGAUGACCCUGCGCUCCCGGUUCCUGGACGCCAGGCGGAAGAGGCGGAAUUUCAGCAAGCAGGCCACAGAAGUACUGAAUGAAUAUUUCUAUUCCCACUUGAGCAACCCUUACCCCAGUGAAGAGACCAAAGAAGAGCUUGCCAGGAAGGGCGGCAUCACCGUGUCUCAGGUCUCCAACUGGUUCGGCAACAAAAGAAUUCGGUACAAAAAGAACACAGGGAAGUUUCAGGAAGAAGCCACCAUGUACACGGGGAAAACAUCUACUGCAACCAAGGCCGGAGGCCCAGGGGGACAGACCAGCUGCCAGCCCACACCCAGCCCAGGUUCCUUUGGCCCCUUCCCACUGACAAGUGGAAGUGACAUGGUUCUCACCCUGCAGACACUGGCUUUCCUUCAGCCCCCACCUGGGGGAGUCUGUCUACAACCCCUGGCCCAUGGUAGCUGGCAGAGGGCCACUGCCUCACAGCCAGCCUCAUCAUCUGCUGAAGAUGCUGGUAGCUUCAACUCAGAUGUGUCUAAUUAAGUGUGGGGACCCUGGU